AUGGAGUACAACGAAGAGAACGAAAACUUCAAGCUACUCGGCUGCCUGCACAUCAAACACGCCACUUUCGCCUGCGGGCUCAUCGGUUAUUUUUUUGUUACUUUCGAAAUAACGUGUUUUCAAGACCCCGCGUCUUCACUAUCUUCAACCUGAACUUGAUUACAGGAAUCAUAGCAACUUUGAGUGUUUUCGCUUUUGGAAUCGCUGUUUUUCCAUGGAAACUGUACGAGCAAAUAGUGAACAUUACAGGUCCGUUGAAAUGUUAUUUGAUAAGGAAAGUUUACUGUAAUUCAUAACAUUUCUAAACAGCUAAUUUUGAAAGCUAGUAAUUUGCGACAGCUGAAAAGGUUGUCCCGUUAUUAAGUUUCGCAGCUGUUUUGAAAGACGAGAAUGAGAAGAGAUUUUUGAUCUUUUGUAUGGAAGAAACUUGGAGAGUUCGAAAAUUUAAGCGAUGGCCGCAUUUGCCUGUUUUCUCGUCGGAGGCGUCGGCGUCCACGUCCUCGUCCUCUACGGACUCCACACCACCAGGGUAACCAAAGAUUUCCCUCGAUUCUUGGAAAUCCCGACGUUUUAGUUUCGUUUCAUGGCGCCUUCCGUGUUGUACCAGGCCUUUCUGAUGGUCCUCAACGGCAUAACUUCUCUGAUUGCCGUCGGCGAACUCGCCUCGGAGGUAGCUUCAGUUUCUCCGACAAUUCAGUAACAUGAGCAAGUAGAAUGUCCUGUCGCCGCGAGACCGACAGAUGGCCCACAUCGUGCUCUGUACCUGUCCGCCGAUCUUUGUCUGCCAGGCGGUUAUGAUAACCGUCGUCCUUCGUAGUCGGUACUACAUCCAGUGCAAGCGACGGUACAUCCGAAACGGACUUCCACCGGUAGGAAUCUCGUUUUUUCGAAUCGAGAAGUUUUCACAAGAAGAAGAGAAAGUAUGAAAUUGCCACGACAUUCAAACUAUGGAAAAGUUCAUGAGUCAGAGGAAUAGACUUCCUCUUGUAAGUUUUUGCACUUCGGCGUGAGUUACAUCAGAAAAACCUUUUCUCACACUCUUAGAACAAUUUUUAAAGGUACAUAAUUAUUUCUCGGAAACUGAUUACCUUCUAGGAAAUCCAUUUUGUAAAGUAGAAAACUAUGCGUUUUUGCAGCCUGUGCGAGAGGUCAUUCAUUUGUCGGCGGCAAACAAAGUUGGCAGCAUUGAUAUAUCGGAAACCCGAGAGGUUUGAUCGUUCCUCUCUGAUGGAAAUGAUAUUUCGGAUUAUUUGCAGGUUUCUCCGACGUUAAUGCCGACGACUGCAUAA